AUGGAAUCUCAUGAUCAGCCCCUACCACCUCCUUCCGUUGCUCCCAUAGCGGUUUCGUCACAUAUCCACGACAUUUCAAGACCAUCCGGAUCCAUAGAUUUAAGCCUGCCAGAGCUGAAAAAUAUUCAUGAUCAGACGUUUACAAGGCCUUCAUUGACUCUUGAGGCCCCCCCACCACCUGUAAAACCAGCAAUGUUACAUCACAAAACAUUUGGGUUCCUUCCGACGCCUAUUGCAGCUCAGUAUGAUCCAGCUACUUUCGUGCUCAAGCCUAUUCAUUCUGUGAUUUUUGCACUUUCGGCACUUGUAAUGGUGGCUAAUCUGUAUUACAGUCAACCGAUCUUGAACGAUAUAGCUGCCGAGUUCGGGAUUUCGGAAGCUGAAGUUGGACUAAUACCGUCGCUGUCCAACUAUGGAUAUGCAUGUGGCCUGCUACUCCUAGUACCUACUGGCGACAUACUACCACGGCGAGAGCUCCUGCUAGCACUAGGCUCCGUGACCUUCUUAUUGACCGUUGGAGUAAUACUCGCCCCAAAUCUAGCGGCUCUUCAAGCUCUGAAUUUCGUGAUUGGCGUGCUUACAUGCGCUCCUCAAAUAUUGAUUCCGCUCACAGCAGAUCUGGCUCCUGACGACAAAAAAGCAGCAUAUGUAGGCUGGACCAUAUCUGGUCUAAUGGCAGGUAUUCUAUGUGGCCGAAUCAUGUCUGGAAUCGUAGCCCAAUUCAUAUCUUGGCGUUACGUAUACCUCGUUGCAGCUUGUCUGAAUGGGACAUUGCUCGUCGUCCAAUUCUUCUUGCUCCCGGCUGUACCAGCUCCUCCAAAUCCACCGAAUUACAUUCAAAUGCUGUGGUCGAUGGUGAAACUAUAUAGAGAGCCGAUAUUGGUGCAGAGUGGGAUUAUUGCUAUGAUGACGUUUGCUGGAUUUACCAUCUUUUGGACUACUCUUACGUAUCUAUUGCACGAUACGUACCUGUACCCACCUUACGCAAUUGGAAUGUUUGGAUUCUGUGGGCUUGCUGGGAUCUUGGUGGCUCCUCUAACAGGAAAAUUCGUGGACAAAUGGGGGUCCUAUCUGAGUGUUUUCAUUGGUCUGGUGAUGAUCAUUGUAGCAUAUGCUUUACUUAUGGGUACAGCUGAGUUGAGUGUAGUAGGCGUCGUCUUUGGUGCAUUCUUUUUGGACGUGGGUGUGGGAUUCCGGCAGAUCGGCAAUCAGACAAGAGUGUUUGCUAUAAAUAAGCUUGCUAGAUCAAGGCUGAACGCAUGUUACAUGCUCAUGUCUUUUUUCGGAGGCUCAUGGGGCUCAGUGGUAGGAUCAACUGUAUAUCAAUACCACGGGUGGAAGGGCUCCUCGCUGUUAUGUAUUGUCAUGACACUCGUAGCCAUGGUGGUGCAUCUAGCGAGAUUCCCGAACGUGACAGGGUGGGUCGGCAUGUACGGUGGAUGGUUUAGCAAACCAGUUAUACCGACAGAGGAAGUAGUUGUAAUAAAAGAUAGAUAG